CGUAUGAUUGGUUUAGCACCUGAAGAUUUAUGUCGUUUGAUACAAAUCUAUAGAGUGUUUUGGCUCAAAAAUGCAUUUUCUGCUUUGAGAGGGAUCAUGGAAACGUUUCCCACAGCUGUUUUAGUGUUUAGCGGGAAGAGGAAAUCUGGAAAAGACUUCGUCACAGAACGUUUGAUGGAGAGAUUUGGAACAGAAAUUUGUGAAAUCAUCAGAUUGUCGGAACCUCUUAAGAAGCAAUAUGCACUUGAAAAGAAUUUGGAUUUUGAGCGCUUACUGGAUUCUACAAGUUACAAGGAACAAUAUCGUUCAGAUAUGAUUCACUGGGGUGAGGAAAAACGAAACCAGGACCCAGGGUUUUUCUGUCGUGUGGCAACAUCAGGAAAUGAGGUCAAAAAGCCACUGUGGAUUGUCAGUGAUGCUAGAAGGAAAACUGAUAUAGAGUAUUUCAAAGAACACUUCCCAGACAUCACAAAGACAGUACGAGUAGCAGCCUCGAAAAGUACUAGAGAAAGUAGAGGUUUCAUUUUCACUACAGGGGUGGAUGAUGCUGAAUCUGAGUGUGGACUAGAUAACGUCAGCUUUGAUUUUGAAAUAAUAAAUGAUGGUGAUGAUGAAGUUUUGAGGAACAGUUUACAAGAAAUUGAGCACGAAGUGAAUAUGAAAAUUCUACAUGGUGAAGGCUGACUGGCAUGUGAAAAAAAACCUUGAAAGACUUAAUAAGACUGCUUGAUAUGAGUAUGGAAGUUUUGUUGCAAUUUUUCCACAAAUCUGGUGAUGCUUGGCUUCGAUAUGAUGAAUGUUUCUUUAUUGUAAUGAGUACUUACCUAAGUAAAUCAGCUGUUGCUGAACUUAAUAAAAGAGGGAAACAUGCCACAGUAUCUAACCACAUUUAAAGCAAUGUUUAAAAUGACAUCUUUUAGAUAAAAUAAUGGUUGAAAGUCAGCUCAAAA